GAACUUGUGAAACACUUCUCCUGAAAUGUGUUUCUGUUUCUUCGUGUGAACGCUUUUAGUUUGAAAUGCAUCGAGCGGAAGUAUGUGAGUGCCAACUGUUUUAUAAGUGACGAUUGUAAAUUGGGUUAAUGUUUGCUCAUAGCAAAGGUAAAGAAACCACACUCCAGAAUAAAGAAAAAGACACUAUAACGGCCCUGCCUACUGUUGACUAACGUUUAGUACUGAAAACUGUGUCUGACUCUGACUCAAUAGACUGGGAAAGCUUAUAUUGAACUCUUCUGUAGCAGUUAUAACAACUCAUCUCCUCACCUCCAUUUGCUUGCCAGCAACCCGCUACAAUAACUACACGAGGAAAUCUACAAACUAACGAUCUCAGAUGACUGCGUCUCUUCAGAUUGGACUAUGAAGAUUCAGCGAUGGAAUCAUGGCAAUAAAUGUUCAGUACUGCAGAUAUAAUAUCAAUGACUGACUUUCCAAACCAGCUGAAUGGACACUUUCAUUGUCUCUCUUUAAACUAGUCAGUCAGCUAUGGCCUUCUUUUUUCACAUGAACAGGAUUUUACACAAGUAUUUUCUACCACUCUUUCUCUUGCUCUCACUGCUGGUAUGGUUUACAGCUUUUUCAGGUGGAAAGUUGAAAUCUUUUCACAUUAAUUUAGCUCCAACACAAACUCUUUACAAAGGGGACAGUCUAACGGAUGAACUCGACAUCUUGGUAAAAGCGUCAAAUCGCAUUGACACUCCAAAGCCAAAAGGGGAAUGCCCGCAGGAGUCACCAUUGCUUCGCGGUGCUGUGAAGCUGUCCUUUGAACCCUCCCUGACACUGAAGGAUGUGGAGGAAGAGAACAAAGAAGUGACUGAAGGACAGUAUGAGCCUUUAGACUGUACAUCGCGGCAGAGCGUGGCGAUCCUCAUUCCUCAUCGCAACCGAGAGAGACACCUCCUCUACAUCCUGCACCACCUGCACCCCUUCCUGCAGAGGCAGCAAUUACAUUACAGCAUUUAUAUUAUCCAACAGGCUGGUGAUGAAACUUUUAACCGUGCCAAGUUAUUGAAUGUUGGGUAUUUGGAGGCACUGAAGGACUAUGACUGGGAUUGCUUUAUCUUCCAUGAUGUGGACCUUGUUCCUGAAAAUGAUCACAAUUUAUACGUCUGUGACGAGCAGCCCAAACACUUGGUGGUUGGUCGAAAUGCCACAGGAUAUAAGCUUCGCUACAAAGGCUACUUUGGGGGAGUCACAGCUUUGACCAAAGACCAGUUUUAUCAAGUGAAUGGAUUCUCUAACGCUUACUGGGGUUGGGGAGGGGAGGAUGAUGACCUUCGCAUCAGGGUUGAGCUGCAGAAAAUGAAGAUAGUGAGGCCGCCAUCUGAUGUUGCUCGAUAUACCAUGGUGUUUCAUAAUCGGGACAGUGGCAAUGAAAUUAACAAGUACAGGAUGGAGUUGCUGAGAAAAACACAGCACGUAUGGAGAAAAGACGGAAUUAACAGUUGCUCAUAUAAAACUUUGUCAAUACAAAGACUGCCUCUCUAUGUGAACGUUACUGUGGACAUUGGUAAGCCAUAGAUCUGAGAUUUCCAAAUAAUUCAUAUAUAAGGAAUAAAUAUUAGAUUUUAAACUGAAUGCCAGGCCUAUGUGGGCAGAAAAUUCACUACAUUCAAGCUCACAAAAUGCUCGUAGAUGUAACUGGUUUGCAUAUUUAAAUAGUGAGAGCCACAGUCAUUUGCACAUCAUUUCACAUUAUUUCAAAUGAAGCUGCUUCCAUUCCGUCACAUUACUGCUGUGUUUUCAUUAUGGUACGGUUCAGUUUGGUACACUACGGUUUGCAACGGUAAAGCCCUGCGUUUCGACUGAGAACAGUAACGUUAUUUGUUAGGCGUGGUGUGGGCUUACCGGUGCAGUGAUGACACUGAACGCGACACAACAGACAACAAUGGACAUCCAGCUGCUCUUUUUUUCCUGCUUGGUUUGUUGCUGUUUACUCAACAAGAUGUCAAGCUUUAUGUGAGAGUUAACUGUGGGUGUUGAAGACAGUCUUGCUCCACCCUGAUCAAACUGGAGCAUUUUAAUCUGGUACCCCAAAGGGAAGGGUGCUAUUGGUACUAUUCCUAAUAGACACACAAUUAAAUACAUACCAUACUGUUCCAAACCAAACCGCUUGGUGAAAACACUGCUAAAGCGUCCUGAAGAACUUUUUUUUUCCCAUCAUGGAAUGAUCAACUUGGGUAACGUUAAAAAAAAUAUACAUACAGAAUCCUGGUUUUAAUGAUAUAUUGCCAGAUGAAAGUUUUAUUAAUUUAUGCCUAUGCCUUAUUAUUUGCCUGCAUGAUAUAUUGCAGCUUUAAAAGGUCUUGUAAGGGGCUAUUGCAGGGUCUUUGCACACACAACUGCUUAAAAGAGAUUGAUAUGGUCGCAACAUGGAUUUGUUGUACUUUGUUUACAACUGUCUGUGGCAGUUUAGAGUUGCAAACCCUCUGAAUGUAAGGUUUGACUUAAAGCUGCAUGGAUGUUUCAAGGCACUUAGAUGGUUUAUUACUGUCUCUGUUGAGAUGUUUUAUUGAAAUUAGCAUGUCCAUGACAAAACCUAAUAUAUGGUUUGAUGAAAAGUGAACACUGGGCCAAUUCACAAGAAUGAGGUGCAUUAAAGCUGCAAUUUUUCACCCCUAGAUGGCAGAACCCAGUCGUAGAGCAAUAGCCUAUUACAGUACACACAAACAACAACCCAAUGAAAGCAAUGAAAAUUCAAGUUAAUAUAAAACAAAUGAUGAUUAUUAUUAUUAUUUUUUUUAAAUGAGGUGUCACAGUGUAGGUUGCAAUUUAAAGGGCAUAUGAUUAUGGCAGGCCAUGUUUAUUUAAUGUUGUUACGCUUUCUGCUAUAAAACAAAAUUCCAGAACUGCUACCAAUGAAAGCACUCCAUCAUCUGGUGAAACUACAUGUGUAUUAUUUAUAAAUAUUUUGUUAUUUUACAUGCCUGGCUAACCAGGACCUGUUGGAUCAGUUGGAGGCAGGCAGUGCUUCCUUUCCCACAUGAAAAUACAUUUCUAUCUAUAACAUCUAGGUCAAUAGGUCAAACUUAUUUCUGAUGCAUCUGAUUUUAAACCACUGGCUGACUUAAAAAUAUUGUUGGCUGCUUCACAGAAUUUGGGAACCUUGAUCAUCUUUUGGAUAAACGAAAUGUUUUUGUCUAAAAGUAGUUUUGUGCGUCAUAAUAAGACGAUUUCAUAUAUUGCAUGUCUUAUUUUAGAUGAUGAUCCUUACAUGCUUGAUUUCUAGGCAAACAUUAAUGGGUGGUGGGAUUUUAUAUAUCACCUAAACAUUUGAAAUUAUAAUUAUAAAGUUUUAUCAUGUGAAGAAAUGUCUGUACACACUUGCUUUAAUCGUUGCGCUCUGUGUGCUUGAUACCUAAGAUGAGAUUUAAUGCAUUUCCAAGGAGUGUAGCUUGUUGAAUGUUACACCUACACUUUUUAAAUGCUGAUUCUUUCAUAACCGAGCAAUACUUCUAUUAUGAACAAACAUGUUUACAGUUUACCAGAGCCACCUUUUAUACUCUCAGCUACAGCUUUGCUGUAACUUGUUACAUUUUCUGUUAGUGAGUGCUUUGUUAUUCACUUUAUUUACUCGUUUGCUGUCCAUAAAUCUGCUGGAUGAAGUAGUCGUUAUGAAUUAUGAAUGUCUUCAUUUUCACAGACCAGAAAACAUGUUUAUCGUGUUGUUUGUGGUCUGACGGUCUCCAAAUUUCACAGUCAUUUUUCCACUGUUUCACUCACUCAUGAAUGUUAUGUUUUCUACUUUUCAUGUGAAUUACAUUGAAAGUGCACAAGUUACACUACAACGUCUUUUGUUCAACAGUUGCUGCCCAGAAAACGUGAUAGUGUAGCAUCAAAUAUUUCACUGCCUUUUUUUUUUUUUCAUUUGAAUUUGUAAUUUACUAUAUAUGACUGUGUCAUAUGUAGUAUAUGACUACUACAUUGAAAGGGGUGCCAUAUACUUUUGGAUUAUCUAAUUAUUAAUUAGAGGGUUGAUCAUGAAUAUUUCUACGUUGAUUUUGAAUGACAUGUUUGUUUUGAAGGGUGAAUGAAAAAAGAUUUUACACUUA